GGCUGUGCGCGAAGGGAUUCACGGUGUCAUACGGCCACAGUUGGGAACUACAAUUCCCAUAGUACUUCACGCUCUUCCUGCUGGCUCUCCCGCCCGGCGACGGCGUGGUGCACGCUGGGAUUUGUAGUCUAUUACAUGGCCUUGUGCCUCCUACCUGGAAGGUGGGCCAGUGAUCAGUGUCAGUUCACAUGCGGGGACACGCUGACAGGACGCCGGUCUUCGAGCAUUCCUGGUGCCUGUCUUGGCUACAGCCACCGGCUUGGUUGACCAUGGCCCUUUCUGUGGAGACCGAGUCGCACAUCUACCGAGCUCUGCGCACUGCCUCUGGGGCUGCUGCCCACCUUGUGGCCCUGGGCUUCACCAUCUUCGUGGCUGUGCUUGCCAGGCCUGGCUCCAGUCUGUUCUCCUGGCACCCUGUGCUUAUGUCUCUGGCCUUCUCUUUCCUGAUGACCGAGGCACUGCUGGUGUUCUCUCCUGAGAGUUCGCUGCUGCGCUCCCUCUCUCGGAAGGGCCGAGCACGCUGCCACUGGGUACUGCAGUUGGUGGCCCUGCUGUGUGCACUGCUGGGCCUGGGCCUUGUUAUCCUCCACAAGGAACAGCUUGGCAAAGCCCACCUGGCCACAUGGCAUGGGCGAGCAGGGCUGCUAGCUGUGCUGUGGGCUGGGCUGCAGUGCUUAGGCGGGGUGGGGCUGCUCUACCCCAAACUGCUGCCCAGAUGGCCCCUGGCAAAGCUCAAGCUGUACCAUGCCACUUCUGGGCUCGUGGGCUACCUUCUGGGUAGUGCCAGCCUCUUGUUGGGCAUGUGCUCACUCUGGUUCACUGCCACAGUCACCGGUGGGGUCUGGUACCUGGCCAUGCUAUGCCCUGUCAUUACCAGCUUGGUCAUCAUGAACCAGGUGAGCAACGCCUACCUGUACCGCAAAAGGAUCCAGCCGUGAGCUCUUCCCAGCCUUGGGGAAGCCUGGAUUUGCCCCUCAGUGUAGGAGCUGGGGCAGGGACCUUCUGGACUCUCUCAGCUGACUAGGUCACAAGUAGCCCUCAGGCACUGGGGCAGUCAGGGAUGGGGCCCUGUGUGUGACAUCUUUGCUUGCUCCUCACACUGGAGUGCCUCCCCUUUCCUUCUCUAUCAUCCCAGAGAAGCCUAUGGAUCAUGUGACUGGAUGCAGUUGGGGUUGCAAGACUGCCUCCCCAGCAACUGAACUCAUACUUGUACUGGUAUGUCCAGAAAUUACGGACAAGAAAAAAAUAAAAAAGUGACCGAAAAUACUGGAUGGGAAGAAUA